AUGUGUCACGACGCUAGCCUUCCCGAUAUCGACAGGAUUGAGCGUAUCAGGGAGUACGCUACCCUCUUCCCGGAGGAUGAUCUUGGAUAUGACGAUUGGACAGCCGACCAGGCGGUCGACGGAGAGAAUAGAACCGUCAACGCCAUCGACCCUGAUUGGACCUGGUCCGAACAGCACCGCCUACGGGACAUGAGGCUGUUCUCCAACUAUGACGAUCUAUUUACUCGCAGGGACUUCAGCAAGAGAGGUGACCGUCCCGUGCAAGACGUCUCAACCGUCGGUGAGCAAGGGGAAGAUAAACUGGGGCUGGACUGCCGGGCUUGGAUGCAUGAAUGGCUGCUCAUGUGCGUGAGCAGGCCAGGCACUGAAGCGGACAACGUAAUCCCCAAGCAAUAUACGAAGGAGUUCAGGACCAUCAUGCUCGCGCACAUGCCUGCACGACUCACGCUGGACACGUGGAUCGCCAGGCAGGGUCUCGAGACUUUGGCUUGCCUUGUCCAUGGAGACGCAGAUCGAAGCGACGAGUUUCGGGAGUGGCAGCCCAGCGAUGCAAAUGGUGCUUACCAGACCAUCUAUACGCCGGACGGACGUGCCACGUUCGUUACCCCUUGGAUGGGAGCCGGUGCACCCGGGCGCCUCAUCUGGGCACCCCCUGGUGGUAUCCAUGAGAACCGCAUUUCCGCCUUGCUCGUUCGGAGAAUUGGGGUGCGGCAUCAUCUGAGGACCAUGGAGCUGGGCUUGAUCGCUCUGGGACGCCGCGUGGCGCGAGCCAUUGCCUGGCGCCUUGUCAACAAGUACGUACAUCCCAUGACGAGGGCGGUCCGUCGUCCGAUACUGACUCGUGCUCAAGUCGGCGGUGCUGUUAGGGAGAUUCUCGGAGAGGAAUGGUUUGAAUUGCCGUUUGACACGGAGGACGACUUGUACAACUGGGACAUUGACGAGGUCAUGACGGCAGAUCCGCGCUUGGACUUAGGAAAUGUCUUCAUUGAUGGUGGGGAAGUUACUGUCAAUGUGGAUGCUGCCGGAGGUGAGGUUAUUGUGGAUGACUCUGAUGAGUCCGACGAAUAUUGA